UGUCGAAAAUCUGCGCAAAUUGCGUUACAGUCUGGCGAGGCUUUUCAGCUGGUUAGCCAAACAUCCACAGAAAAAGAGAUGAGCAGGAAAACGAGACGAAGAAAACGGGAACAGUUUAUUCCGAGCUAGAAAAAUAGCGACGUAAAGAUUUUCAGCGUAGGUUGUACCAAAAACACUACUGCCACCCAGCCGUCAAGAGUCACCUGGCGUUGGACCAGGCAACAGAAUAUCCGCCUCUGUGGGACAUAGGACAAGAACAGUUGUCCAAUAAUUGCAGGGAUACCACAUUGCUUAGACCUAUGGCAGUAAAUGAAAGAGCAGAAGUAUUUUUUUAUACUGGAGUGUUAGAUGUAAAAAAGAGGAACCUCUAAAGUGUGUCUGUCCUUUCUUUCUGUUGUCAUGCUGGAUUAUUAUGUCUGAACCUGACGCUAACAUCGCUCCCCAGGUUCACAUAGCAUGUUAGCAUAUGGCUAGCCACGCAUGGUGACGGAUCAGGCCAUUAUCUUCAUCCCCUCCAUCACCAUCACUGGCCCCUACAAGGGGGUAUAGCACCAUUGCUUGUUGUGCCCCAUCAUCAUUUUUUCAUUUCUCUUUCAUUAAGUCAUCCUACCACCAAAAAACUUUUUGCUCUAUCUUUUCCCCCUAAUCAGUAUUCAUCAGUUUUGUACUUCUACUCGGAUUUGUCCUAACAGCUGUUAAGUUCGGUCUACCUAAAAUCUUGCGCCUCACAAGAGCCACACCUUGUGUUGAAGUUAUCUUCCAUCCAUCCAAGUCCAGUCUAAUCUGCCAAAGAUUCCAAGAGAGUGACCCAGUGUAGACCACCUCAGCAUCUGAUAGGCAAGCCGCUAGGCAGUUGUUUUGGUGGUUGCUUUGGUUGCAUGGAAUCGGCUUAACCGUGGAGAGGCCAGGCUACCACAAACUGAUGGACUUUGACAAGCGAGGAGUAGGGGGAGGAGGGGGCGGGGGAGGAGGGGGCGGAGGUGGAGGUGGAGGGAAGGGGGAGACAGAGGAAGGGAAGAGGAUGUCUGGGAAGACGGGAAGCCGAUCAGGGCACGGCGGCCGUAGUGCUGGAUCCAACUCUGGCGUUCUGAUGGUCGGACCAAACUUUCGAGUGGGAAAGAAGAUCGGAUGUGGGAACUUUGGAGAGCUGCGACUUGGAAAGAACCUGUACACCAAUGAAUACGUGGCUAUCAAACUGGAACCAAUCAAGUCUCGGGCGCCACAGCUUCAUCUAGAAUAUCGCUUCUACAAACAACUGGGAAGUUCAGAGGGUGUUCCCCAAGUGUUCUACUUUGGUCCAUGUGGUAAAUACAACGCCAUGGUUCUGGAGCUACUGGGACCCAGCUUAGAAGAUCUGUUUGACCUCUGUGACCGGACCUUCUCUCUAAAGACUGUACUUAUGAUAGCCAUACAACUGAUAACCCGCAUGGAGUUUGUCCAUACUAGAAGCCUGAUUUAUAGAGAUGUGAAGCCUGAGAACUUCCUGGUGGGCCGACCCGGCUCCAAACGGCAACACACCAUCCACAUCAUAGACUUUGGCCUGGCAAAAGAAUACAUAGACCCGGAGACCAAGAAACACAUCCCAUACAGAGAACACAAAAGUCUUACUGGAACUGCUAGAUACAUGAGCAUCAAUACACAUCUUGGGAAAGAGCAAAGCAGACGAGAUGACCUGGAAGCCCUAGGCCACAUGUUCAUGUACUUCCUGCGAGGCAGUCUGCCCUGGCAGGGACUCAAGGCUGACACUUUGAAAGAGCGCUAUCAGAAGAUAGGAGACACAAAGAGAGACACACCAAUAGAGGUCCUCUGUGAAAGCUUCCCAGAAGAGAUGGCCACCUACCUGCGGUAUGUGCGUCGGCUGGACUUUUUCGAGAAGCCAGACUACGACUACUUGAGAAAACUCUUCACGGAUCUCUUUGACAGAAAUGGAUACAUCUUUGAUUACCAGUAUGACUGGACUGGAAAGGCACUGCCCACUCCUAUUGGUCCAGUGACCACUGAGACUCCACUUCAGACGAGCAACCGUGAGAAAGCACCGCAAACCAAAAACCAGUCUCCAGAGGGAAAAGGCAGUGAGUCCCAGCCCACUCCAGUGACCAAUCGAGAGCUGCUGGGCUCCCAUCUCACUGCUGAUAGGCUGGGCGGGUCUGUCCAGGUGAUGAGUUCAACAAAUGGGGAGCUGAAUACAGACGACCCAACGGCAGGACACUCCAACGCACCCAUCACAGCCAACGCAGAGGUUGAAGUGGCUGACGAUACCAAGUGCUGCUGUUUCUUCAAGAGGAGGAAGAGGAAAGCUCUCCAGAGACACAAAUAAAAACAAAAGACGAGAGAGAACCGCUGGCUCUCUUCUUCGCCAUCUCCACUUCCUUUUCUCUUUCUCUAGACCUUUUAAUAUAACCCUCUCUCAUCUUCCUCCUCCUCACCUCUGCUGACGGAGCUCCUGUAGUCUACCUUGGGUCGGCUGGACCACCAGGCAACACAAUACGUUGGCUAAGCUGAUCUAUUAGUUUCUAUUGCUCUGGACUGAGGACAGUUUGCUGUUUGCUGUCCCAUCUCAGAGUUUAAGACAUGAGCUGGCUGUACCAGCAGUGGACUCCUCAUGGAUUUUGGUCACAGACGGAACUAAAACCAGAUCAACAAAACGUGACCACAAAUGUACACUUGACUAGACUGUGAAAAGCAAGCUGAUUGUCUGAUAGACUGGAUUCAGCUGCUAGACUGGCAGACUGGCUAGUUCUCCUUUUUUUUUUUUCUUCCUUGCUGACUGGAUCAGAGGAGAGAGAAGUGUAUUUCUGAGGAGAUACAAAAGAGAGGACUACAAAAGCACGGGAUGCAGAUGAGACUGUCGACCACAUGUGCACAUGAAACACACUCAUACAAACACGUUGCACACUUUUCUUGAGCUCAUCAUAAAGAGACUUCAUGGAGAAAGAGAUGCGGCUCUUGCACAUAGUCUAUAAAAUUUUAUUCCCUGAGGUCAAAGGGAAGUACACCUGGAGUGGCCAGGUCGGUUUCCUGCAGUGGGCCGGGCAGAGUGUAUUUCUUAUUCACCCUCAGAGGAAAACCUCACAAACACCAGAAUCAAAGUUUAAAAAAGAUGUUUAUAUAAAAUUUAUGCUUUUUCCCGUUACUAAAAAAAAGGACUGUGUUCUAUUUUGAACUCAUUUUUCCCCGUCUUUUUGAGUUGUUCAAAAAGUUUGUGUUUUGUAGCUACUAGUGUGUUCCUGAAAAUGUAAUUUUUUUUUUAAAUAACUUUUAAAUUUUCUGUUUUUUCCCUCCUUAUCUCUGGGUUGGAGGAUGGAAAGUCGGAUAACUCCAUUAAAAAACAACCAAACAAAA